UUUUCCUGCUGCCACGUCAGAGCUGUGAAACUCUUCUUCAGUGCUGCUCCUGUCUGUGCUGCUUCUGGUUGCUCUCAUCAUGGUUUACCUGGGACUCAGCUGUUUUCUGCUGCAUGUGUUCGUGGUGUUUGGGACGGAGCUCACUUUCGAGCUCCCUGACAACGAUAAGCAAUGUUUCUACGAGGAACUAGAGAAAGACGUGAAGUUCGAUAUAGACUUCCAAGUCAUUGCAGGAGGCAACUAUGAUGUGGACAGCUUUGUCACGGAUCCUCAGAACAAUGUCCUGUACAAUGAGCAGAAGAAGCAGUAUGACAGCUUCUCUCACACCACUGCUAUGAAGGGAGUCUACAAGGUCUGCUUCAGCAAUGAGUUCUCCACCUUUACGGAUAAAACCGUGUACCUGGACUUCCGCCAUGGAGACGAGGAACCUAUCAUUCAGACCAUGACUGGACCUGUAGCACUGACUCAGAUGGAGUCGUCCUGCGUGUCUAUUCAUGAGAUCCUGAAGGUGGUGGCUGACUCGCAGACGUGGUACAGGCUAAGAGAAGCACACGACCGCACGAAAGCUGAGCACCUCCUGGAGCGGGUCACCUACUGGUCCAUCGGAGAAACCGUCCUGCUGUUCGUUAUCGGCAUCGGUCAAGUCAUGAUGCUUAGGAGCUUCUUCAGCGAGAAGAAAGGCUCAGUGGCGGCCACAACUUAAAACUCUUUUCUCCUGAUGUGCCCUGAGAAACACGGGUGGAACCUCUUCGAUGUGAACCUGAAUGCUUCAUGAGAUUAGCACACAUCUUGUGGUAUUUCCAGCAAACCUUUUUGUUAAAUAGAUAGUUUGGGAAGUCUUUAUUUGUUAUUUGUUAGCCUGCCUACUAAAUGCCUCUGUCAUGUCUGUGUGAAGAAACAGCACUCACACAUGAAGCAGAUUACCUCCUCCUCCAAGAAGUUGAUGUUUACAGUUUAUAACUUUGUCAGCAGGUUUAUAGGAGAACUUGCUCCAUUUUUCCUUACAUUUGGGGAGAAGUUGUGCCAAGGAAAUACACAUUUAAUUUUCCAGCUGAUCUGAUGUACACAUUAUUUUACACUCACGUAAACAGCCUUGAUGGAGGUCGGCUCUCUCUGAGUGCCCUUCUAGUUUAUUAUAUUUGCAUGAUGCAAAAUAAAGCAAAUAAGUUUGAUUAAUCUGUCAAUGAACUGGAUUGCUUUUACAGUAGGACCCUCAUGGGGGGCGUCAUCAGAAUAUCUAGUAGGUUGUGGCACAUUGGUUAUUUCUGAAUGUUAGUUGUUCUCGUUUUCUAAUGUUGAUUAUGUUUGUUAUUAACUUAAUUUAUGUGCAAAAGAAUUGUUUUAAUGAGGUGUAAGAGCUCUUUUCUCCCUCAUGUCCUUCUGUGUCUCAUACAAAAGUGCCUUUUUAAAAAAUCUUUCUUUUCUCAUUUCCUACCAAAUUUAAAGUUUACUGUUUUAAAUGACUCGAUUUAUGGUUGCGUCUUCUUGUUACUGAUUGAUUGGAUUCUCAGUUACUUAUUUUAUUACAUGUGGGUGUGAUUAUAAGUCCAUCUUUUUUCUUAAAGAUACUGUUGGACAUUGCGAAGUGACCAAUCAGUAAGGCUUUCACUGCAGUUCUGUGUUUAUCUCUUUAUUGUCCAAACAACAUGUCAACAGCUUUGAAUAAAACCUGGUGGAAAGUAUGUCA